AUGGAGGACCAGUCCAAUAAGCCUCAUCGGAAGUCCAAGGAGAAGGGGAAAAAGAAGGAUCAUGGAGGUCCUAACCCCAAGGCAUUUGCCGUUAAUAACCCAGGGAAGCUGCAGAGACAGGCAGCUAGGUCCCAUGAUAUAAAAGAAAAAAGGCUACAUGUUCCGCUCGUGGAUCGCCUACCUGAGGACCCUCCGCCGAUUGUUGUCACAGUCGUUGGUCCGCCGGGGGUUGGGAAAACUACUCUCAUUAAGUCGUUGAUCAAACGAUACUCAAAACAUUCCCUUACCUCGAUCACCGGUCCUCUGACGGUCGUUACGUCGAAAAAGCGCAGGCUUACUUUCCUAGAAUGUCCCUCCGACUCUCUAGCGAGCAUGAUAGAUGUCGCAAAGAUCGCUGACAUUGUGUUGCUGAUGAUAGACGGGAACUAUGGAUUUGAGAUGGAAACCAUGGAAUUUCUUAAUGCAUUGUCCGCAAGUGGAAUGCCCGGAAACGUUUUUGGCAUUCUUACACAUCUUGACCUGUUCAAGAAACAGAGCACGCUGCGCACGGCGAAGAAGAGACUAAAACAUCGGUUCUGGAGCGAGUUAUACCAGGGCGCGAAACUCUUCUAUCUUUCCGGAGUCAUAAAUGGGCGCUAUCCAGAUCGAGAGAUUCAUAACCUUUCCCGGUUUUUAUCUGUCAUGAAGAAUCCGCGACCACUUAUAUGGAGAAACUCGCAUCCGUACUGCUUAGCGGAUAGGUUCUUGGACAUCACCCCUCCAACACUCAAGGAAGAGAAUCCAAAGUGUGACAGGACUGUUGCUCUCUACGGGUACCUACGAGGCACGAACUUCCCGGCUAUCGGGGCAAGGGUACAUGUUCCAGGAGUUGGGGAUCUCAGUGUUUCUUCAAUUGAAGCCCUGCCUGACCCAUGUCCUACGCCUGCUAUGGAUCAAGCAAUGGCAAAGGCAGCAGGAAAGAGUGGGCGAAAACGAUUAGGUGAAAAACAGAAACUUCUCUUUGCACCUAUGGCAGAUGUCGGUGGUGUUCUGGUUGAUAAAGACGCCGUGUACAUCGAUGUCAGAACCAAUACGUUCAACAGAGACGAUGGCGAUGAACAGACUGAAGAACGAGGCUUAGGAGAACAGAUGAUUAUCGGGCUUCAGGGGGAAAGGAAGCUGCUAGGAGAUACGGUCGCCGGAGUUAAACUGUUUAGAGAUAGCGGUGUUGUCGCAAGCAUUAACCCUGAAGGAAUUGAAAAUCUGGGCAGAAACGAGAAGAGAAAAGCCCGGUUUAUUGAAGGUGAUGAUAAUGCACAUGAUCUAGAAGAUGACGAGGACGAAGGCCUAGACAGCGCGGGAGAGGAGGAUGAAGAGGAAGAGGAACAAUAUGGAAGUGAUAUUGAAGAGGACUCAGAUGACGACGUGCCAGGCGUCGACUUUGCUGCUAAGUUCCGAGAAAAACAGAAUGGAACUUCCAACGGUAAGAACGGGGAGGAUCUUGCGUUCGCUGAUAGUGAUUCGGACCUUGGUUCAAUAUCAUCGGUUGAGGACCAAGAACUUGAAAGCGCUCCUAGCGACUACGAGGAUGAAGAGGACGACGAUGGAGAAACGCGCUGGAAAGCAAAUUUGGCUGCCAAUGCAAAGGCCAUGUUUAGCAAAAAGCCUCCUUAUCGGAUAGCUGAGCUAACUCGCAUGCUAUACGACGACUCUGUGAAUUCGGCAGAUGUGGCCCGGCGGUGGAGCGGUGAAGAUGCUAUGGAAUAUGACCAAAAUGAUGUUGAGGAUGAAGCCGAGGGCUUUUUCAAGAAGACAAAUGCCGAAAAGGGUGUGCUAGAUGACCGGACCAUUCCUGUUUACGACUACGACGAGCUGGAGAAGAAGUGGCAAGAUAAGGAUAACCUCGAUGCGCUUCGCCGACGGUUCGCGAGCGUCAAGUUCUCUAAAAACCGAUCUGGCAAGGAAGGGUCUGGUGACGACGAGGACGAUGAUGAAGAAGACGGGUUUGGAGACACGGAUUCCGAUGAUGAAGGAGAUGGAGCAUUUGCAGACCUUGAAACCGGCGAAGUCUUCGGGGGCGAUAGCAAAGAUAAUGAAGGGGAAUCAGAUGAAGGGGAGAGCGAGCCCGAAGACCUUAACGCCGAGCGUGAGCGUAAUGCAAGGCGAAAAGAAGAGCUGAAGCUUCGCUUCGAAGAGGAGGACCGAGAAGGGUUCGCCAAUUCGAAGGACGGGGCGAGAGCUGGUGGACAGUCUCAAAAAGAAGAGCAGUUCGGAGAAGAUGAAUGGUAUGAUGCACAAAAGGCCGCACUUCAGAAGCAGGCUGAUAUCAACCGUGCUGAAUUUGACGCCCUUGACGCCCUGUCACGAGCAAGAGCCGAAGGCUACAAAGCUGGUACAUAUGCUAGAAUUGUACUAGAGAAUGUUCCUUGCGAGUUCUCUGAGGGAUUCAACCCCCGAUUCCCGAUCAUUGUUGGAGGUCUGGCGCCUACUGAGGAUCGAUUCGGCUUUGUCCAGGUCCGAAUUAAGCGCCAUCGUUGGCAUAAGAAGAUCCUGAAGACGAAUGAUCCUCUUAUCUUCUCCCUCGGCUGGCGGCGAUUCCAGACAAUGCCGGUCUAUAGCAUCUCAGACUCUCGAACCCGCAAUAGGAUGCUAAAGUAUACACCCGAGCAUAUGCACUGCUUCGGCACCUUCUAUGGGCCCCUAGUCGCUCCCAACACCGGUUUCUGCUGUGUUCAAUCCUUUUCCAAUAAGAAUCCUGGAUUCAGAAUAGCUGCCAGCGGUGUGAUUCUAAGCGUCGACGAAAACACUGAGAUUGUCAAGAAGCUGAAGCUCACCGGCCAGCCUUACAAGAUUUUCCGAAACACCGCGUUUAUCAAGAAUAUGUUCAACUCGUCUCUUGAAAUUGCCAAGUUUGAAGGAGCCGCCAUCCGUACCGUUUCUGGCAUUCGAGGUCAGAUCAAGCGCGCUCUGAGCAAACCAGAUGGCCAUUUCCGUGCCACCUUUGAGGAUAAGAUCCUGAUGAGCGACAUUGUUUUUCUUCGAACUUGGUAUCCCGUCAAGCCUGCUCGUUACUACAACCCAGUAACCAACCUUCUUGACUACAAGGACUCUGAAAGUGGCACAGGCGCGACUUGGCAAGGCAUGCGUCUAACUGGAGAAGUUCGUCGUGACCUGGAUAUUCCUACCCCACUAGAGAAAGACUCUGCCUACCGCAAAAUUGAGCGGCAGGCCAGACACUUUAACCCCUUGAGAGUACCCAAACAGCUGGCUGCCGACCUCCCAUUCAAAUCUCAGGUUACCAAGAUGCGUCCACGGAAGAAGGAGACGUACAUGCAGAAACGUGCUGUUGUCCUUGGAGGAGAAGAGAAGAGGGCCCGCGAUCUCAUGCAGAAGCUCACUACGCUUCGAAACGAGAAGGUUGCUAAGCGACAGGCCGCUCAGGAAGAGAGGCGGAAAGUCUACCGAGCAAAGGUCGCAGAGAACCAGGAGAAAAAGGAGGCUCGAGAGAAGAAAGAGCGGGAUGAGUUCUGGAGCCGAGAAGGCAAGAAGAGGAAGAAUGAAGCAGAUGGAGCUUCGAGCCGGUUUAAGAAGAGAAAGUGA